AUGUUGUGCUGUGGAGGUGCAGAAGAGGAAAAUUACAGUGGUCCUCCAGCAAACCAGAGUACGGCCCCUCCUAGAGCUGGCAAUCCUUAUGGUGGUGGCGCUGGUGGCAGCAGUGAAAGACAAGAGCCAAGGACUUCAGGUGCUGUAAGAACUGGUGCUCCACAAAAGGUUCUGCCUAUUGAGACACCAGCUUUGUCAUUGGAUGAGCUAAAUAGGUUGACGGGUAAUUUUGGUACAAAAGCUUUGAUUGGAGAGGGCUCUUACGGCAGAGUUUUUUUGGCGAAGUUGAGGAAUGGCCAGCAAGCAGCGAUUAAAAAGCUAGAUACCAGUUCUUCUCCAGAACCAGACUCUGAUUUUGCUGCCCAGUUAUCUAUAGUUUCAAGACUUGUGAAUGAGCACUUUGUGGGGUUGAUUGGAUAUUGCCUGGAGGCAAACAACAGAAUCUUGGCAUACGAGUAUGCUACAAUGGGUUCAUUACAUGAUGUCUUACAUGGUAGGAAAGGGGUGCAAGGGGCCGAACCUGGUCCAGUUCUCACCUGGAGUCAAAGAGUCAAGGUUGCUUAUGGUGCAGCAAAAGGCCUUGAAUUUCUACACGAAAAAUGUCAGCCUUCAAUUGUUCACCGUGAUGUCAGAUCUAGCAAUGUGUUACUGUUUGACGAUUUUGUAUCCAAAAUUGCUGAUUUCAGCUUGACAAGCCAGUCUUCUGACACUGCAGCUCGGCUGCAUUCCACUAGGGUCCUGGGGACAUUCGGCUACCAUGCUCCGGAGUAUGCCAUGACAGGACAGAUAACGCAGAAAAGUGAUGUUUACAGUUUUGGAGUUGUUCUUUUAGAACUUCUUACUGGAAGAAAGCCAGUAGACCACACCAUGCCCAAAGGACAACAGAGUCUUGUAACCUGGGCUACUCCAAGAUUGAGUGAAGAUAAAGUGAAGCAGUGUGUGGAUCCCAAACUAAACGAUGAAUAUCCACCAAAGGCUAUUGCGAAGAUGGCAGCUGUUGCAGCACUUUGCGUUCAAUAUGAAGCAGAUUUUCGACCCAACAUGACCAUCGUCGUUAAAGCUUUGCAGCCACUUCUGAACUCUAAGCCAGCAGGGCCCUGA